AUGUCCCUUUCGGUGGAGUUUCCCUGUGCACCGCCCCCGCCGACGGCAGCGGUGCAACGGCAGCGCCGGAAGCAGUACUCGUCCAGCAUCCAUGAGGCAGCAGAGCUACAUGAACUUCACCGACAUUUGCCAGAGUUGGUGGCGCCAUGGAAGGAAGCAUGCCUGCCCAUGACAGUCCUUUGUAUGGGCCGCACCCAACUUGACCAGCGCUGUCCAAUUAUGAACCCUCGUCAUGCUCACGGCAUCCGCGGUAUUUUUGCAAGUUGGAUGAAGGAGCUCAUCGGAGAUGGGGCGCUGCUGGCGUUGGAGGCCUUCACUGCGGACCUUGGCUCCAGUGCCCCCAGCCGCUCCUUGGGUCGCUGGGACUCGGGCGGCGCCUCCUCGGCCUUGCAGGCUUUGGAGUCAUUUGUGGGUGGUGUCUCCACGCCAUCCUUCGUGGCAGUGAGACUGGAGUUACAGAGCCACUGGGCUGGAGCCUGCUUUACCAAUUCAGCCCUAUGGUUGGACUUGGGUGUGGACGAACUCUUGAAUGAGAGAAGCCACGGGCUGCAAUCAGUCGAGGACUUCUUGGCAUCUCGGAGUCUGGGGAGUUGUUGCCAACUGUUGGAGCAGUUGCUGCCAGCGCUGCAGAGGCAGCAGGUGAUGAAGCUGGUGAUUUGUGGGCCACCGGACGAUCCAGCCGUAGGUGCGGCACGUGCACGGACAACUUCACUCCUGCGGGAUGCGCCAGAUGCCACACGCAGUCUUCAGCUCACCUCAUUGACGUCUUCAGCGCAGGGAACUGCUUCAAAUGCAUUGGCGACGGCCUUCCAGGAGCUCCGCUCUUCAGAUCAGACCACCAGCUUGUCGGAGUUCAUUUCCGGUGAGGUGCGAAUGACAGACUUCGGCUUUCCUGGUCAUGUGCUUCCAACCUUGCCACAGCGAUAUCAGGUCACCAACCAGGACCGUGUGAUGCUCCACUUGGCCGCCGAAAGCGCGUUGGACGCCUGUGAGGAUGAUCUUCAUACACUUGCCGAAGGUUUGGACGAGUUGAUCAAUGCGGGAGCGGAUGCAGAAGCGGGGGGAAGCCCCCCCAACAAAAAAGACCGUGCUUCAGAUGUGACCUUCUUGCUGGUGGAUGGUGUCCCAACCAAGCCCACGGAAGUGGACCCGGUCGCCUUGAAUCGAUCGAACCAGACGCAAAUGCAAAAGCAGCAGAUACAGAUGCUGGACGAAUGGCGUGAAUCCUUCGUGGUCUCAGAGCAGGACGCCGUGGAAUUGUACAACUCCCUCUACGUGGAAAACGUCUCGGGAAAGCACGUGUCAAAGAGAGUCUCGGAUGAUUCUCGUAGCUCAGUGAUUUCACUGCAACAGUACCACCCCGUCUAUUGGGGCACGUGUGCGGAUAGCGUGGUCCAUGCCUGGCAGGUUUUCACGUUGGUGAUGAUCAUGUGUGACGUUUGGAGUGUCCCAUUGACCUUAGCCUGGCCAGGGCACCAAUUCCUGGGAUUCUACCAGGAAGUUCGUCCUGUGCUGUGGGCCUUCGAUAUUCUCAUGUCCCUUCUCCCAUGUCUCGUUGAGCUGGGGGAGUCAAAGUGUCACAUCUUUGUGAAGCUGAAGCAGUACGCUCCAAGGCUUCCCUUUGACGUGGGACUGGUCUAUGUGGAUAUUCUGAUGUUCAUCGGCCUGAACGAGGAAUGGCGACUCCUUCAACUGCUGAUCUUGGUGCGGAUUACUAAGGUCAAGAGGGGCCUGAUUUUCAUCGAGAACCAUUUGGCUGCCCGUGGAAAUAUCAAGUUGGUGCUCUACUUGACGAUCUUCCGGUGCAUCGUUCAGAUCCUGGCAGUGAACCAUGUCCUUACCUGUUUCUUCUUCUGGCUAGGGACAUGGGAAGCAAGAAACGCUGAGCCUAAUUGGAUCCAGACAUACAACAUUGGAGACGAUAGCUAUAGCCUUGGUUUUCAGUAUUUCUUGACCUUCAAUUGGGUGAUCGCACAGUAUACACCUGCUCCUUUCCCUUUGCAACCUCAAAAUUUUCGGGAGCAAGUCUUCGUGGUGGGCAUCAUUCUUACUUGCUUGCCAUUGCUCGGAUCAGAGAUUGGGAAGGUGAGUGGUACCGUGAAUCUGCUCAAUGAGAAGGCUCGGGAGCGGGACACGCUGCGACGCGAUCUUCAGAGAUGGCUUCGCAAGACUGAGGCAGCAGAGGUCUUGUCUAGACGGAUCUUGGCAUCGCUCAACGAUGUUCUAACAUCCAAGGAUUCCCCGCUCGACGUGAAGGAGCCGAUGGCGCUGAAGUUUCUGCCCAGCACUCUGCUGGAAGAGCUACGGAUCCUGAAAAUGAGUGAAAAACUCUCGAGCCAUCACCUUUUCAACAUGUUGAUGGACCCGAAGUUGGGGAUCUCUGGCGAUUUGAGCUCGAUCUUCAAAGUGAAGCAUGUAGUUCAAGGGGAGAGUGCUUUUCAAGCAGGAGAGCGUGCAGAAGGCCUUUGCAUCACCCAGAGCGGUGCUUUUCACCUACACCAGCCUCCGAAUGGAAAAUCGGCCACGUCGAGAGGCACUCAGCCUCAAUCCCAAGCCCUGGUGAAGUUGGCGAGCCGAAAAUCGGCACAGCACUUUUCCGUGAAAGCAGGUGAAGAGCUGAAGGAUUUGGGUGGGCUGCAACUCUUGAACAACGUUUGGAUUGCUGAAGCCUGCCUUUAUUGUGGCAUGUCCCAUUCCUGCUGCCUCACUGCCAGGACCUACUCCAAAGUGCUUUCCGUCGCAGUGCCGGACUUCGUCGCGGUCAUCAUGCAGUUUCCAGCCUCGGUGGUGGCGGUGCAUGAAUACGCGGUCUACAUCAUACGUUGGCUCACGGAGAACCGUGGUGAGAUUUGGGAAAUCACGGACGAUGAAGUCAUUGCAGAAGGAGUGCAGCGCACGCAGCUCUUGGACUUGCUGGUGCCGGGCACCGGGCGCAUCCAUCGCUUCAAGUCGUCGACGCAGACGGACUUCUCGGACAUGAUACUGUGUCUCACCCGGCAGGGGCAAAGCAACAAGGAGAUCAUUGAGGAGAUUAAGUUCUAUAUGCCAGAGCUCAGAGCCGAUGGUCUUUAUGGAAACCUGGGAUGUGAUGAUGAAAAGCAACGGGCCUUUCUUUCAGUGCUGAGUGCGGUUUGGCUGGUCAAUGGUGACUACACCAGUAUGGUCGAAUGCCAAAAGCCAGGGGCGCGCUUGCGCAUGCAAACCUUCAACUUGAUCAGAGAGAAUUUAUGCAUUAGGGAGAUGACCACCAGCCAGAUCACAGUAGCAAUCUUGAUUUUGGCCAUCCGUGGUUUGAGCAAAACUGAUGAUGUGGCACGGCUGUGCCCCCCUUCUGAACGUCGUAGGCCUGAAGACGUUCUCUACUAUGCCGUCAGUAACUUGGAUCCGUACCUGCCUUCAAUAGCUUCGAUCAAGGGCGAAGUCUUCGACAUGAUGAUUUGCACCGUUCGCAUGCUGGGCGAAUUCAACUUCGCCCAGCUGCUUCAAGGAGAGAACAACCCUCAUUCAGUUUGGCAGCUGCAGAGUGCUCGCAAGGAAGAAGGGCAAGAAGUCUUUUCAAUUUUCCUCUUAGUGCACGUGUGCAUCUUAUGCGGCGUCACUGGAGCAGUCACCUUGGAUGGCUCAUUGUUUCUCACUGAAUUGAAUGGGCGCUCUGUGUUGAAGGGCCUGGCCUGCUUGCAGGAUCUCUCCAACAAAGAGCCGCCAAAUAUCUACUGGCAUUACAUCGCGGUGCGCGCCGAAGCACUGCAGCUCAAAGUGCAAGAGGCCAGCCAUUUGGUUUUGGCCCGCUUGGCUUGCUUAACACGCACCGUGGACACCGAGUCAUUGAAACAACUCAAUAAUGAUUGGAACGCCUUAUCCGAUUCCGAGCAGAAUGCCCUCCAGGAGAUUUUCUUGCUGGAUGGACAUACGCACAAGGCCUUUAUGUUCAUGUACUUGCCGCUGUUCUUGACGAAUGCCAUGGGGAACAAGGGUCUUGGACUACGAGCAGGGUUGCAAGGGUUAGUUGAGCUCUACAACAAGUUGCUCAAACACCAAUGCCUCAAAGAGGAUGUCUCUACAGUGAAGGUGGAUAUGUCAGCGCUCGCCAACUUGGCGAAGGGCGUUGAUGACUACAAACUCUUGCGGCAAUGCUUGGACCACUCCAGAAUCGUCAAACAUGUACAUGGGGUCACCGUGCUGAUGACCGCAAAGAGCUAUCAAGUGCUGUCGGGGCAGCUGGUGACCGAGAACCGGAGCGUGGACAUGUUGGAGAUGGUGGUGGCUCGGCAGAGGCAACUCGAGGCGGCCAUGAUUCCCAAGGAAGUCCGCCCAUUGCAGAAAGCACAUAGCGAUGACUUCAGGGGCCGUCUCACUCCCUUCCACCCAGGGGCCGCCUUGAGCACGAGUAGUGCCAGGACCUUCGCCCGAAGUCAGAAUCAGCAAGAUCCGCUCGUUUGCGCAAUUGCAAGGCUGCGAGAUGAUGUGGCCUACGCGGUGGCCUUGCUUCCCUUGUGUGCUGUGCAUCCCUUCAACAUGAUUCGGGUCCUUCAACUCGGAGGCAUCCACUCCUUGCUGGCGCUCCUGGCAGAUUCUUCUACACUGGCGCCGGAGGUUCAGAUCACUGGCGAGGAACUCUCCAACACCGAAGUCUCCGCCUUGGUCCUUCUCGUCCUUUGCGCUUCGCGACAGAUCCGACGCUUUUUGGUGUCGCAGGGCAUUUUCGAGCUCUUGGCAGUGGCCAUCAGGCACCCUAACAGCGAACGACAGCUACACAUCUUUUGCGCAUUGCUGGUGCGGCUGCUCCGAGCAGACCCUGAACACCAUGGUCCGCGGACAGUGUCACAACUCUCCCAGCCAUUGGCGGAGAAGCUUUUGGAGCUGCUCAGUCGCCCAGAGUCCUCCAGUGCUUCCGCGGUCGCAGCGGCAGCUGCGGCACUCGCACCACCCCUGGAGGUCUUUGCGCCUGCCAUGCCGCAGUUGCUGCGCAAUGCGGCACCAGAGGCCUUCAAGGCGUUGGCUGCAUCUUUGACGCUAGAUACGAGCUGCAUGGAGCAACUGAACGUGCCGCGCUUGCUCUCCAUGAUGCCAGUGGAUCCACCAAAGGGGCUCGUCUUCCAUCAUGGUGCGCUGGCAGCGCUCUCACUUUGCUCCCGCACUGCAGCGCUGACUUCGCUGUGUCGGCCAUGGGUGGUGAGUACGGCCAUGGCUCUCCUUCGAAGCCUGUUGAGUUGUCCGACCUUUGGGCUUCGAUCUGUUCGCGUGGCGCUCCCGUUGGCUGCUGCACAAGAGGAGAGGGUGCCACCAAUGUGCGCCUUCACUUGUGAAGUGGAAGAGAAGAUCCAGAUGCAAAAGACCUUCGGCAGCACCUGGCGCACCGCCACCCCACCCGACGACACGGCUGGCCGCGGCGGCCCUCCGCUGCGGAAGCAGCGGCUGCUGGGCUGGGCGGAGCUACGGCCAUGGGCGCAGCUGCCUGCGUCGCCCAAUGCCAAGCACUUCCAAGAGCGGCCUCAAUUGCGGGUGGAGAUCGUGGAUGAUCACACUGAGCUUUUUCUUGCGCUCUCGUUGCUGCCAGAUUCAGUGGCGGUGAUGCCCUUAUGGCGGGUAUCCAAGUGCCUGAACCCCUGCUUCGCGCUGGAUGAGGGGCAGAUGGGAUUCUGGAUUUGCGAAUGCCCAGAGGAGAGCAAGAAUGAGCUCCGGGAUCAGCACCAGUUGGAUUUGAAGGCUCCGAUCCACGUCUCCGCCUCGGAGGCCUCGGAGCACCUCAUCUCCGUGGCCCUGCCCAAGGGACUCUACACGGUGGCGCCCUGGACGGGGGGGUGA